GCAAUGAAUUCAAGACAAAUGGCUGAACCAGCUGCUACCUCCAGUGUGUGUGCAGCCCCCUUCAGGAGAGUGCUGCUUUCACAGCAGGAGUUGGGAACUUCUGGGUGGAGCAGCUCGUGGGCUGCCACAUUUCCAGUUUCCAGCUGCUGAGCCAGGUCUGACUGGUGCAGAUGUUCAUAACCCUGAGCAAGGACUGGCAGUUCAGGAACUCCUUUGUGCAUGGUUCAGCCACAGCUGCUUCAGCAAGGAAUAAGGAUCUGCAUCUUCCUUUCCCUUCUGGCCUGGACUUGGAGCAUGGCAUGGAAAUACUUAGCAGGAGGCAUUGAAUAAAAUAUGACCAUUCUUCUUUACUGAAGCCAAGCAGCAGCUACAAAGGAGCAGGAACAGCAAAAGGCCUGAGCACACCUGAACUGCUCUGAAAGCCUGAGAGCACCUGAUGCCCUUGAGUCACGAAUUGUCCAGCACAGACAUCUCACCCUCCUACCUGGACAGGAAGGCCUGGGAGACACUGACAGCAGGAUUCUACCAAGGUCGUGAUGCCAGAGGGAUCCACGGAAGAGCUCAGCACAGCCUGUGAGAGCCAAGGGACGGAGCCUGCUGGGCUGCUGGCUCCCAGGAGAGGCAGGACACUGGUGACAGGAGGUGGAGGCUACCUGGGAUACAAUCUGGGAUGUGCCCUUGUCAGCUCAGGAAUUGCUGUUGUGCUCUUUGAUCUUCGCAAACCCAAAUGGGAAAUCCCACGCGGAGCGGAUUUCUUCAAGGGUGAUGUGAGGGAUUAUGAAGCAGUGUUCAAAGCAUGUGAAGGGGUUGACUGUGUUUUCCAUGUAGCUGCAUGUGGGAUGUCAGGAUUGGAACAACUUCAAAAGAAAGAUCAGAUUGAAUCCAUAAAUGUUGGAGGCACAAAAAUAAUAAUUGAUGUCUGCAAACAAAGAAAUAUCCCUAGACUGAUAUAUACCAGUACAGUGAAUGUGGUGUUUGGAGGGAAUCCUAUUGAAGAAGGAGAUGAAGAAACUGUACCAUAUUUUCCACUGGAAAAGCAAUUUAAUCAUUAUUCCAGAACCAAGGCAAUUGCAGACCAGAUGGUUCUUGCUGCUAAUGGAACUUUACUCAAAGGAGGGGACAAGCUCCACACGUGUGUGCUUCGCCCGCCGGGCAUCUACGGACCCGAAGAGCAGCGGCACCUGCCUCGAGUAGCUAUAAACAUCCAGCGGAGACUUUUUAACUUCAAGUUUGGGAAUCACAAGGUUCAGAUGAACUGGGUUCACAUAGGAAAUCUGGUGCAAGCUCAUUUACUGGCUGCUGAGGCUCUCACCUCUGAGAAGGGCUAUGUAGCUAGUGGCCAGGCUUAUUACAUCCAUGAUGGUGAAAAUGUCAUCUUCUCUGAGUGGAUUGUGCCUUUGUUUGAAAAAUUAGGCUACAGGAAACCCUGGAUACAUAUUCCUGUUCUCCUGGCUCAUAUAGCAGCCACUGUGAUGGAAUAUUUGCACCUGAUACUAAAGCCAGUUUUUAGCUUUACACCUUUCUUGACGAGGAAUGAGGUGUGGAAUGUCACCGUAACUCACACUUUCCGAAUAGACAAGGCACGAAAUCAGCUCGGUUACAAACCAAAGAAAUUCUCAUUCGCUGAUUCUGUGGAUCAUUACCUAAAAACAAGACCUACCUGCCAAGAAGAUCACACAUUCCUUAAAAUGGUGUUUGUUUUUGGCAUUUUGUUAAGUUUUGUCAUUCUUUCUUUCUUCUAAAAUCAAAUGACUACUCACCUGUUCCAGAAAACUUCAUUUUGUUUCUGAGUAUUAAUUAUCUGGUCAUGGUACAUUCCUCAGCCACUCUGGACUUUGUUAUUCAUAUUACUAUGAUGACACUUCUCUGACCUCAUUAAAAAAGAAAAAAAAAAAACCAAAGAAAAAACAACUAGAAAAGUGAAAACAUAGGAUGUAUCAGGAAAUGUUCCCCAAGAGCAACACAGUGUUACAGCAAAGGAGGUCACCACAAAUGGGUGCAGGAAUAGUUUUAAUGGACCUUCAUUAAGUGAUGUUUCAUGCUGGGAAGCAUUUUCUAAAAAUGAUAAUUCAGGAGGGUGAGAAGGUGGAAGAAGAGGAACUGGACAACAGGACACCAGUGCUGUAACAAAUCCCGUAGCUCCAGUGAAGAAAAGUGUGACUAAACAACUCUUCUGAUGAAGCUACAGCUACUGUCAGUUAGCCUGAGGAAUUACAGAGACCUGGGAAACAGUGGAAAAAUAUGGAAAGUAAAUAUUUAUAAAUAAUAGGUGAUUAGAGGAGUGAAAAAUCACAUUUAUGUAAAAUAGUUGUAUUGUUCUAAAGCUUUGUAAAAAUGUAAUAAAUAUCAUUAUGUGUGUUUGUACAUCAAAUAAUAUCCUUUCAAUGCAAUAAUAAAUAAUAACUGAACG